AUUGUAACAUUGUAUACAAGGUUUAUUUUGGUACGCGUUUGUCCCGUGCUUGCUUGCAAUGACGCUAUUCCACUUAUAUACACCCCUGCGUGUUUUACUAAAGUCUUAUCGACACGGGGCUGUUUCAAAAACGAUUGUGGGUCUCAGGGUUUUCAAGUUAGGAAACAUUUUUCCUUGCACCACCAUCGCAAUGCGCACUAACAUGGAAGAGAUCUUAAGAAAGGCAGUAAUCCAGUUGCCCACCUAUGAAAUGAGAGAAAAAUCUCCACCUCCAUCCGAAUCCAACAGUCUGGAGUUCAUGCACUUUUACAAAUGUCUAGACAAAGAGCAGAGACUAGAGUUUCUAGAGAAGCUGUCUCGUGAUUUUGGUGUGGACCACAAAUGGGUCUCGGAUCUGGCUGGGAAGUUGCUGGACACUCAGGGGCGAGAUCUCGCCACCAUCCUGCAGGCGGAGGACAGGCUUCGGUACAGUUUAACACCCCGGUACCGACAUUUGCUUACGCACAUCAGUAGGGUUCAGGGCGGUGUGAAGUUUCUGGUGGACCUCCGGGCAGAUCUCAUCGAGUUUGCAUCCUCAAAAAUGAGUGACAGCCCACACAUGAGGGAUCUAAACAGCACCCUGAAGAGUCUUCUGUCCGAAUGGUUCUCAGUUGGGUUGCUCCGUCUGGAAAGGAUCACGUGGCAGUCCCCGUGUGAAAUCCUUCAGAAGAUCAGCCAGUAUGAAGCGGUCCACCCUGUGCGGAACUGGACUGAUUUAAAACGUAGAGUCGGGCCGUACAGGAGAUGCUAUGCCUUCACUCACGCAUCCAUGCCUGGCGAACCUCUGGUGGUGCUGCAUGUCGCCCUCACCGAGGAGAUAGCAAAUAACAUCCAGGGCAUUGUGAGAGAGUUUGCCACUCAAGAUGCGGAUGAGGAUGUGAACAAAAUCAACACGGCCAUCUUCUAUUCCAUCUCAUCCACUCAAGCAGGGCUGCAGGGGGUGGAGCUUGGAAAUUACCUCAUCAAGAGGGUGGUCCGUGAGCUGCAGAGCGAGUUUCCCCACAUGGCCCAGUUCUCCAGUCUAUCUCCCAUACCGGGCUUUUCCUCAUGGCUUUAUGGAGCUCUGGGCCAGCACAAGAAAGAGGGACGUGCCACGGAGCUCCUCUCCGAGCAGGAGUGGAAACAGGUGCAGGAUGUGACGGGAGCCGCACCCGGAGCCCCGGCCUUGGAGGCGCUGCGCAGGCUCAUCAGCACCAGCGAGUGGAUUCGUUCCGAUCGCCUGGUCCGUACUCUCGAACCCGUCCUGAUGCGGCUUUGUGCUUGGUACCUGUACGGAGAGAAAAGGCGGGGUUACGCCUUAAACCCCGUAGCUAACUUUCACCUUCAAAAUGGCGCCACCAUGUGGAGGCUAAACUGGCAAGCGGACACCAGCCCUCGGGGAAUUGCCAACUCCUGCGGCAUAAUGGUUAAUUACCGGUACUUCCUGCACGAGACUGGCACAAACAGCGUCGCCUACCUGCAAAAUAAAGCCGUUAAGGCUUCCGAGCAAGUGUUGGGCUUGGUGUCGCAGUUCCAGAAGAACAGCAAACUCUGAGAUUAUACUGUGCUGCGCAAAUGGACAGAUGUGUUGAUCUGCUGUGAUGAGCGUUUAAGCACAGAAUUAGCCUGAGGUCAUCAUUUCAGUACAAUUUUAGGUUGGUUCAGAGAUGGAGAGCUUUAUUGUGACUUUCUGAAAGACAAAGCCUGACGUUAGUCUGACUAAUUUCUACCAAUUCGGUGACGUCAUAAAGAGUUUUUCACCUAACGUGUGCCAAAUAUUCUUUAUGAAAGGAUAAUUGUCUGAACGAGUCCUUUUCUUCUGUCGCUUGGAUACGUCUCCGUUUGAUUAGCUGGUAGCUGAUUUUGAUGGGGACUUGUGUUACACUUUGAAAGACUGGAGGUAAUGAAGCAUGGAAAGUCUAGCACACCCUGUCAUGUCUUCACGUUAAGAAAGCGUGCGAGAGCGAGUGAGAUGAAGCCACUGUAAUAAAUGAUGUUUUGAUUUCUGCAUUAGUCCUAUCUGAUUCACUGUGAAAUGGCUGUCUGUAUGUUCAUGUGUUCCUGUGCCGGAUAUUUUAUUUAUUCUUUGGGGUGAAGUUGAGAAUAAAAUUCUGCUUACUAUCCCAAA